AUGGGCAACGAAGAGUCGACCAUGGAUGCUUCGACUUCCCCCUCUGUUCUAGAGGCGCGCACAGUUGAGGCUGUGGUCAAAUACGUCAAGGAGCACGAUGUGAAGCGUGUUGUGGUUGGAGCGGGCAUCAGUACCUCAGCAGGCAUCCCGGAUUUCCGCUCUCCGGAUACUGGAAUCUAUGCCAACCUGGCUUUCCUGGACCUACCAGAGCCCGAGGAUGUCUUUGACAUCAGCUUUUUCAGGGAAAACCCCAAGCCAUUCUACGCCUUGGCGCAGGAGCUGUACCCUGGUCGCUUUCGCCCAACCAUCGCUCACUCUUUUAUUAAGCUGCUCUACGACAAGGGCAUCUUAUUGAAGCAUUUUAGCCAGAACAUUGACUGCCUUGAACGCCAGGCUGGUGUUCCAGGCGAUGUGAUCAUCGAGGCCCACGGCAGUUUCGCGUCACAGCGCUGCAUUGACUGCAAGGAGCCAUACCCCGACGCUGAUAUGCACGAGAAAGUCUCCAAGCAAGAGGUCGCACACUGCGCUUCCUGCAACGGCCUUGUCAAACCCGACAUCGUGUUCUUCGGCGAAGCUCUACCCCGGGCUUUCUUUGAUCAUGCCGAUAAGGUUAAGGAAGCCGAUCUUUGCAUUGUCAUGGGAACCAGCUUGUCUGUUCACCCAUUUGCCAGUCUCCCCGGACUGUGCACGGAUAACACACCUCGCGUGCUGAUCAAUAUGGAGCAGGUGGGCGGCCUCGGCUCACGAAAGGAUGAUGUAUUACUCCUCGGUGACUGUGAUACUGGCGUUCGCAAGCUUGCCAAAGCCCUGGGGUGGGAAGAAGAGUUGGAGACUCUGUGGGAGGGGACCAAGCUCGAAGUCGAGGAAGAGCAGACUAUUCCCCAGACGCGGGACGAGCGCCUGCAGGACGAAGUGGAUCGGCUGACAGAAGAAGUUGACCGAACUCUGGGGUUGACUGAUGCAUAUCAGAGCAAAGUCCGUGAGAGGCUGGAAUCACACGACGCACACCGCCAGUCGGGCCUCGCACAUGUAUUUCCCCAUUUGGCUUGA